AUGUUUCAAAGAUCAGCUACCGAUUUAUCAUUAGAUUUCAAAAAUGCUUUACAAAAAGCUAGAACAAAAUUACAACCAGAUCCAAACAUCAACAAGAAAGCAACUUUUGACAAAUUAGACGAUUAUCAAGAUAUUCUUAACCCUUUAUUAAUAAAUAAAUAUCAUAAGUAUCCGUCAUCAAAAUCUUUCACGAAUACGAACAAAGAUGACAAGAAUAAACAACAAGUUGGACCAAUUGCUUUAAAAAAUGCUCUAAAUGUUCCCAUUGAAGCAGUAUUGAAUUUAAAUGUAAGACCGGGUGAGAAACACUUUGUGAUGUGGUUUUUAAUAUCUUCAUACUUCCCAUUAAUAGCCGCAUGUUUAGGUCCACUAGCCAAUAUGAUUUCAAUUAUAGCACUAAUACAACAUUGGAGAAUGGAUGAAUUGACUGGUGAGUUGUUACCAGAUCCAGGUCCUGUUAUUGCAAUGAAUGCCUUAUCUCUUGUAUUAGGGAUUAUUGGUAACAUGUCUUUAUUAAUGAAUUUCUCAAGAUCAGUGAAAUAUUUAAUAACUCAGUGUGUUUCCAUAUUUUCGUGGUUUUGUGCUUCUAUAUUGUUAGUUGCAGCUUUGUUAUUGACAAAUUAUAAUACUAUGAAUGAUGAAUCCGGGUUAAUUCCAUCAGAAGGGUUUUGGUUUGCCUGUUUUACCGCAGGAUAUUACUUCGCAUGUACUUUAAUAUUGUUGAUAAACUUUAUGGGCUAUAGAUUGAAAAAAUACCCUCCUACUUUCAAUCUUGAUCAAAAACAAAGAACCUUAAUGUUAUUUACUAUUUUGUUCGCAAUUUGGACGAUAGUUGGUGCAGUUGCAAUGGAGCAUUUGAUUGAUGACUUAACUUAUGGAUCGUCCUUGUACUAUUGUAUUGUAUCCUUUUUAACAAUAGGAUUAGGUGAUAUUACACCAAACUCGUCGGGGGCUAAAGUUUUAGUGUUAAUUUUUUCAUUGGGAGGUGUUUUGAUAAUGGGUUUAAUCAUUGCCACUUUAAGAUCUGUAAUUUUAUCAUCAGCGUCACCCGCUAUCUUUUGGAAUGACAUUGAAAUUGCUAGACGAAAGUUGGUGAACAAAUUAAAAGAGGAACAAAAGAAAAUUACUCCCGAAGAUUCAUUCCGACAAAUGAGGAUGAUUCGUACGAAAGUUAGAAGAAAGCAUACAAAUUUUUCAUUAGCUUUAACAGUAUUAAUGUUUAUGGCUUUUUGGUUGAUUGGAGGAUUGGUAUUUCAUUUUAUUGAAGGCUGGACGUACUUCCAUUCAAUAUAUUUUUGUUUUCUUUGUUUAUUGACAAUUGGGUAUGGGGACUUUGCUCCAAAAACUGGAUUGGGUAGACUGUUUUUUGUUCUGUGGGCAACAGGUGCAGUUCCUCUUAUGACUAUCUUGGUAUCAAACGUAGGUGAUAAAUUGUAUGAUGUCUUUAAUGAGUUGAGUGAAUGGUUUAGUAAAUGGAUUUUUCAACCAGAUAUGAAUUACGAAGCUAAGAAAAGAUUAAAAAAAGAAAUGAAAGAGAAUCAAGAAGAUGAUUUGACUAUGAGCUCAGAAUUGAUUCAGGAUGAAGUAAGAGAAGAUUUAGAUAUCGAGUCAAUGGAGAUAGAGAGAGAAAUAGCACAUAGAGGAAGUUUAGAAACUGAUCGUGCAGAGUCUACUAUAAAGAGCAUUGAAGAUGAUCUAGCGAGCUGUGAUACUUCAGAUUCUCAAGGCUCAUCUGAUGAUGAUUUAAUUUCAACGGAUUUGGAGAAAUUAAAAAAACGAAUAUUGAGAAAAAGAAGAGAUCAUAAAGUCUUGCUCAGGUACAUGAAUAGAUUACGACCGUUAAUGGCUGAUUCUAUAUCGAAUCCGAAGAAAAAAUACACUCAUAAACAAUGGAAAGAGAUAAUGAACGCAUUAGAUUUAAGAGAUGUACCAGAAGAACCAGAUGAAGAUAAAAAAGUUGAUGGAUUUUGGCUUGGUGACUGGAGUCCAUUACGUUUACCAUUAAAAGAGCCAAACUAUUUAUUAUUAAGAGUAUAUUUUAAAAUAGAAGAAUCAUUACAAGAAAUGAUCAAUUCCGAGAAUGAAGACUUAAAGCUAUUGAAUAAAGGUGUCGAAGACGAAAGAAAUGAGGCUGAUGAAAAUGAUGGAGUAUUACACAGCAGCAAACAUAUCCCUAAGUUUUUAAAACACUAA